AAAUUGAAGAAAAUAAAAACUUUGAUCUUAAAUAAAAGUUACGUUAGAUGUAUCUAAAAUAUCUUUUAAUUUUAUGCUCUUAAAUAUGUCAUAUAAAAAAAAAAAAAUUAAAAUAUUAUCAAUUAUUUCUUUUUAAACGGAAAAAAAAAAUAGUUCAUGAGUUUGGCAUACAUUGGGAUUGGGGACUACUAAUAGAUAUCAUGAGCCAAAGCACUAUUUGCUCUUCAGAAUUUUGCUUCUCUAAUCAACACUGCAACUGAGCAAAGUAGAAGAAGAGUGGGGGAAAUGGAGGGUACUAAGGGAGGAGUAGUGAAGCACAUUUUGCUAGCAAAGUUCAAAGAUGAAAUCUCACCUGACAAAAUUGAUCAACUCAUUAAGCAAUAUGCCAAUCUUGUCAAUCUCAUUGAACCCAUGAAGGCUUUUCAUUGGGGUAAGGAUGUGAGCACAGAGAACCUCCAGCAAGGUUUCACUCAUGUUUUUGAGUCAACGUUCGACAGUACAGAAGGUGUUGCAGAGUAUGUAAGUCAUCCGGUUCAUGUUGAAUUUGCAAAUCUAAUGCUUCCUCAGCUGGAGAAAGUCCUCGUCAUCGACUACAAACCGGAGAAAGUCGGUCCCUAAACUGAGUUCACAAAUGGAUGCACUUACAGCGAUCAGUAUAUCCGUUUUACUUUUCUGUACUGAAAUCCAAUAAGAACGAUGAACUUCUCUAGAGGGUGUGUAUCUUGCUUGUUUGAAACUAUUGUAUUCACUUGCUAGACGCUAAUGCAAGUAACUUAUGGUCAGCUCGAGCUACUCAUUGUUGUUCCUAUCUCGAGGGAGGACGAUCUUCAUUCGUAUCUUCCCAGGGUGGAAUGAAGGAUGAACAGCAUAUAUAAGUGCAUUAAUAAACUCAGAUUAGUGUUUCCAA